AUGUGUGGGAACCUGCAGGAGCUGUUCCUGAACAUGUUCGACCUUGGCAUGGCGCUCCUUGGCCGUCCGUCCACCCUUCAAGACGAGCAACACUUCGUCGGUUAUUGGCAGGUCUUCAUGGCGGCCUCCAUCGCGUGGUUUGAGCCAGAAGCGCAGGACGCCCCUGCCUACGCGAACACCACGCGUUCGGUCUUGCGGCGGCACGCGACAGAGCUGGUCGAAUGGGUGGGCGGCCCGCGCCCGCCGAGUACCCCCGCUUGUCUGGUGCAGAAGCUCCGUCUCAUGCGCGCCGAAAGGUUGCAGCUGCUCAUUGAGAACAUUUCCGUGACGCUUCUCCUCAAUUUCAAUCUGGCGCAGCUGGAGCACAACGGCCGCGUCUCCCGCGGUCAGAACUUGGUCCACGAGUUGUACGGCGACGUCUCUUUAGUACGCGUGGUGUUCCAUGAGAUUUUCGAGCUGGGCAUCUCGUACAAGAGUUUGUCGAUGGCCGAGAUCGGCGUUGAGGCUGCUAACACCAGCCAGAGCUCAGGGGGUGGAGACGCCCAGCACGCCGCCCAGUGGACCCAGCCCUCAGCCGCGGCGCUCGUGGACUCCAUGCGCGCUGAGCUGCAGUCGGCGUUCGACAGACAGGGCGCUGCGCUUGGCUCCAUCCUGUCCAAUGGCAUGGGACAAGUACAGGCUGCGUUGGCGGCCCAGAAGGAUGUCGCUGAGACCACCGCGAGGCUGGACGCGGAGAUGCGGCGCAUGGGUCGCAUCAUCGGCAUCAUGGAGGAAACUCGCCCUGUGCCACCAUCGCCUGGGCCAGCAUGGUCGCGCGACAUCGACAGAGCGGUGGUCGUCGUCACGUCAAAGGCCCCGAUCCCGAUCAACACGAUGGAGGGAGCUCUGCGAGAGGUGGUCAUGCUCGCGGAGCUUGACGGCAAGUUCAAGUUCGAGGGGGAGGAGAUGGGCACGAAGUUCUUCAUGCGCAUGGAGGGCAACGCUAGCCUGGCGUUGCGCAACCUGUUGGGACGCAUGCGGAUCGGCCAGGGCAGAGACCUGUCAUGGAGGGAGCUCUCGUCGUGGCUUCCCACUGGCGGACCCACCCCGAUCUUCCUCUCGGUGGACAAGAACGGACGGCAGGUUGCGCGGGAGAUCGCGGCGAAGAAGAUGCGCAAGAUGGUGGAACCCGUCGUCUGUCAGCGGGUCUUCGUCAACCCCAUUGCCCCGCGGCGCACCGAAGCCACGCUCUCGCUCAACUGGCGCCAGUUCCUCCAAGUUUCCGUUCCCUCCCCAGGUGCUACGCCGGCAGCGCAGUGGAACGCAAGGGCGCUGGAUCACACGGGGUCAACCGCGCGAGUCUCAAUGACGCAGCGCAGCCGCUCGUGGAACCAGAAGCUCAAGAGUGGGUACUUUAGCAAAUUUGCUCGAGUAUGGGGACGUGCAGGUGAAGUUCUAUGGCAAGGCGAAGAGAUCGUACCUGGUAAGAUCCUGCGGGUCGCCGCGGCCUACUACGACGAUGUGAAGGAGCAGCGUGGACGCAAAGUUUUUGCGCAUUGGAACGUCCGCAAUUUUGACGUGCCUGCUGCGGUUGCAAGACAGGUGCCAGACAUCAUUCAAGGUGAUCUGGGAUGGGCAGCCCUCAGACCUGAUGAACGCGUUGUCGUGAUCUCAGGCGAGUUCAACUUCGGUGACCACCCGGGGCACCAGAACUUCGAGUUCCCUCAGCACACCGUCGCUCGCGCUGCGCACCCCCAGGAGAGACGACGGGCUCAGAGCUUCCGUGGCGCCGCCGAGACGGUCGCACCGCGAGCCACCCACUGGCCCCCUGCGCGUGGGCAUGCCUCCAGGAUCGACAAGAUCUUCGCGGGGUGGCCGCCCUGGCCCCUCGGCCAUUCGGCGCAGGUUGCGGGGGUGCAUGGCGAGCCUGAGAAACUUCGCAGGCAGAAUGCCAUUGAUCACGGCCCGUUCUGGGUCACUUGGCGCGCGCGGCCCACGGCGGCGCGCCCCCGUGACAAGCCUGCCCCGAUUGCGGCCCACAUCAUCCAGCAUGAGAGUUUCAAAUGGAGGAUCGAACAGUAUAUUCAGGCGUGCCGCUGGAGGAGACGUCGGCGGACAUCCGACGCCGCGCGCGCCCGCCUCCUGCAGGCUGCUGCCCUUGAGGUGCGUGACUUGUUUAUUCGCCAUGUCUCCUGGUCCAAGAGCUCGGUUGCCAUGAUCUACAGGCAGGCCGCCCGCGCCCUGGCCCGUCGCGAUCGCAAGAUGGGCGCGAUGCUGCUGGAGAGGCGCACAUGGCUGAACGAGAUGAUGGAGAUCGACGAGGUUGCGGGCGGGCGGCCCACGAAUGCCCCCGAGAUCAAGCGCCGCCACACCCUCGCCCAGAGGAAGGACGCCAACGCAUCGGGUGCUGAGCUACUGCGAGGGCUGGAAGCUUCGCCCGGUGGACGGCUGCGAGGACAGCUGCGGGCUCUCCAGCGACGCUCGGCAUCGUGGGCGCCGCCGCCCCGCCGCUACCUCGGCGCCUUCCUCAUCGACGGGGUCAAGACGCAGACGGUGGGGCAGCUGAACGCUGGGCUGGCGGCCCACUGGGGCAAGGUGGUGCGCGACCCGACGGACGCGAGGCCCCUGAUGCUGAAUAACACGGGUGCAAAGGCCAUUGCGAGCGCUGCCGACAGGUGCUUGAGCGUCGCGGCCGCCAAGGUGGUCCCUUUCAGCCAGAGAGGCUUCGUGCAGCACCGCAAUUUCAUUGAGAACGUGAUCGAGAUGGAUGGCCUCGCACGCAUCGCCUCCAUGCGCUCGAUGGAGGCGCGUGGGUGUCACGGGCCAGCUGCUUCUGGGGGGGGGGGGCCCUUCCUCUUCAGCUUCGACUUCGCGCGGGCGUUCCCGAGUGUCCGCCGCGAUUGGAUCGAGUGUGUACUCAAGCACUGGGAACGACCGAGCGGUGCUCUCGAGCUCAUCAUGAUUCCGUACGCGGACGCCCGUGGCCUGGACACUUCCCCGAUGCGUGCGGUCAUGUCCGCCAUCAGGGCCAGCUCGAGUCUCGGCGUAGAGGCCUGGCUCGCUGGUGCGCUGACGAUAUCGGAGCGGCGACGGUCGACCUCGAAGGUGCAGCAGCUGCUGGGAUCAGAAUGUCCUGGCUGGGCACGCUUCUCGGUCGCGUCGCAGCUUGAGAUGCGUGCCACCGCUGCGGCCGCCACCCCGUUUGACCCAACGACGCUGCUCCGAGACUACCAGACAAAGAUGAUCACGGCGCUGAGCUACAAGGCGCAGAUGUACUCGCUGCCCCAGGCUCUCCAUGCCGACGAACAGUUCGUCCUCGCCAGGCUCCCGCGGGCGUCUGGAAGCUUGUUGCGGCGGAGCGAUUUCCCCCACCUGACUCAGCUCGGCCCGCCGCAGAUCACCCCCGUGAAGGCGUUCGCGCUGGCCUCGAGGAUGCGAGCGGGCGCGACGACGGUCUCCACGCGGCGCGGAGUCGCGAGCAGGAUCGACGAGGUGGCGAUGGAGACGCUGCCCCUGCCCAGGGCCGUGGCGACCCCUUGGCCCGUGUUCUGGCAGGUUCCCGAGCGCUCUCUUGAUUUAGUAUUCCUGGACGCCCGGCACGACUACGAGGCGGUGGCGGCAGACGUGGUUGCUUGGCGACCCAAGGUGCGGCCAGGCGGAAUCCUGUCGGGCCACGACUUUAGCUGGAUGUUCCCAACUGUCGCCAUGGCGGUCUACUCUGCAGCAUUCGACUCGCCCGAGCGGACCAUCCACUUGGCGCCAGACGGCGUCUGGUGGCUCCAGCUGUGA